CGGAAGUCAGUGUUUCGCCACUCAAAGCUCUUGCAGCUGGUCACUCCAGCCUCCUGGGACUUUGACUCGCCUGACCGCCGAGCUCCUGGCCAAGGGUGUCCGGGGAUGCCGCUCGGACGCUUUCUACGAGGAGCUUAACCCGCCCUGCUGCCCGCCCGGAUGGGACCGCCGGAGUGCUCUAAAGUCUGCCGUGAAUAUUGAAUUGCUGAGGAAUUUGGGGAAAGACAAGCUGAAGUUCCCAUUCCAUGGAUCCCUUGGGUGCACCUUCCCAGUUUGUGGAUGUGGAUACACUACCAAGCUGGGGCGACUCGUGGGAAGAUGAAUUAGAUACUUCUGAUACUGCAGCUGAAACGUUUCAGGAAAACACUAUUAGAUCACCUUUUCUUUACAAUAAGAAUAUCAAUGGGAAAGUGGUUCUUUGGAAAGGAGAUGUAGCAUUACUGAACUGUACAGCCAUUGUGAAUACGAGCAAUGAAAAUCUUACAGAUAAGAACCCUGUGUCAGAGAGUAUCUUCAUGCUCGCAGGACCUGAUUUGAAGGAGGACCUCCACAAACUUAAGGGUUGCCGGACAGGUGAAGCCAAAUUGACGAAAGGAUUUAAUCUAGCUGCCCGGUUCAUCAUCCACACAGUGGGACCUAAAUACAAGAGCCGCUACCGCACUGCUGCUGAGAGUUCCCUGUACAGCUGCUACAGAAACGUGCUUCAGCUGGCCAAAGAGCAAUCAAUGUCUUCUGUGGGAUUCUGUGUCAUCAAUUCUGCAAAACGAGGUUAUCCUUUAGAGGAUGCAACACACAUAGCACUUCGCACUGUAAGGAGAUUCCUAGAAAUUCAUGGGGAGACCAUUGAAAAAGUAGUAUUUGCUGUCUCUGAACUAGAAGAGGCUACUUACCAAAAGCUGCUACCUCUGUACUUCCCAAGGUCACUAAGGGAGGAAUGUCGAUCAUUGCCAUACCUACCUGCAGAUAUUGGAAAUGCAGAAGGGGAGCCUGUGGUACCUGAACGACAGAUUAGAAUAAGUGAAAAACCUGGUGCCCCGGAGGACAGCCAAGAAGAGGAGGCUGAAGGCUUGGGAGUUGACCUCUCUUUCAUCGGCUCUCAUGCUUUUGCUCGAAUGGAAGGAGAUAUUGACAAGCAAAGAAGACUGAUCCUUCAGGGACAGUUAUCAGAGGCAGCCUUGCAGAAGCAGCAUCAAAGAAAUUAUAAUCGCUGGUUAUGUCAAGCAAGAUCUGAGGAUCUAUCUGAUAUUGCUUCUCUAAAAGCCUUGUACCAAACAGGUGUUGAUAACUGUGGUCGCACUGUGAUGGUGGUAGUUGGAAGAAACAUUCCUGUCACAUUAAUAGACAUGGACAAGGCUCUCUUAUAUUUUAUCCAUGUAAUGGAUCACAUUGCUGUGAAGGAAUAUGUAUUAGUAUAUUUUCACACACUGACCAGCGAAUACAAUCACCUGGACUCUGACUUCCUGAAGAAACUCUAUGAUGUUGUUGAUGUCAAAUACAAGAGGAAUUUGAAGGCUGUUUAUUUUGUUCAUCCAACAUUUCGUUCAAAGGUAUCAACAUGGUUUUUUACCACCUUUUCUGUCUCAGGACUGAAGGACAAAAUCCACCAUGUGGACAGCCUCCACCAGCUAUUCUCUGCCAUAUCACCAGAACAGAUUGACUUUCCUCCUUUUGUCCUUGAAUAUGAUGCCAGGGAAAAUGGGCCUUACUAUCCAUCUUACCCCCCGUCACCAGAUUUGUGACCUGCCGUCUUUUAGUGCUACUGGUUUCCAAGGACGUCACUUUCUCCACGGAUCGCUACCUAUUGAAGUGAAAUUCAUUUUUGCUGUUCAGAUCCAGAGAGCCUUUUGUCCCCACCUCUCUGGUAUUUUUUUAUUGACUGUAUAUUUUCUGGCACAUAAGCAGUCUGACAAUAGUAGGCCAUUCUGAACCGCACACUUAUUUUAAAUUUGUAUAUUUGUAUCAAAUGAAAAUGUUCAUUUUUAGAGGGUUGUUAAUAGAAAUUGGGGAGCAACUUUUGAGUAUCUUCAGUUUUUUCCUGAAAGGACACUGGAUUUUCCAUUAGAGAAGCCACCAAUAUUGUUCACGCCAUCUCUUUAACAUUGUACGCUUCCUCUGUGUACUUAAGUGUUUCUCAAAAUAUAUAGAACCAAUGUAUGCUGACCAUACGCAUUGUUUGCUUCAGAUCCUGGCAUUACGUUUUAUACAGAUAAUUUGGUUAUGGUAAAAUAGAAUUGUCUGGGAUCAAGGAUGUGGAAAUGUAUCUGAUCAAAACAUUGAAAUCAUUAGCAAAAUAUAGGUCUUAAAAUCUUACUGCACCAGCGAAGAUUAAGAUUUUGGAUUAUAUGAUUUGUUAAGAUUGUCACUGUUCUGGUGUCAACAGUGGGGGAAAACGGGAAGACUGUAUCUUCCGCCUUUUUCCUGUAGUCAUGGGUGAUUUGGUGUCCUGUUUCUAAAAGGCUGCACUCAUUAGUACUCUUAUGCGAAAGGCAUUCUCCUAGACUCCAUCAGUGAGCCUUUAGAGAGAGUGCUGUCUGCCCAGAGUUGUGAUUUUGUUGGGCUUUACAGCUACUCCCUCUAAGGACAUCUCCUCACAGUGUCUCUUGAGUUGCCUAUGUCAAAAUGGAGGAAGUGCGUUGCAGUGAACAAAAUUCCAGACUGCUCUUGCCACUCAGGCUCUAUUUGUGCCUUAGCUCACUUGUGAAUAAAAAUUAGGAUUAUGAUACCGACCUCACAGAGGUAUCAUAAGGCUAACAUUUAGAAAGGGCUUGUGAUGUCUUCGGAUGCAAAAUGCUAGGGGAGUUUGUGUAGGUGUCACUUCAAUUAGUUUUUAAAUGAUAAUAAAUGUACUUGGGGGUACUGCCAAACACUCCUUUUGUCCUUGGCACCUUUUGAGUGACUUUUCUUGUCUUACAACAAGAGCUGUUACUAAAAAAUCCCAACCCUGAAGACCUCCUUCCUACUUUGUCCAGAAUUCCUUCUAGCCUCCUCCUCCCCCAGUGCUACACUUUAACAAGAGGCAUCUGUUAGCCAUUUUAAACAUUUCUUCUUGAAUUGAGGUCAAACCAGUAUCAUUUCCAUCUGGCUGUCUUCAUAUUCCUUUUGAUUCCUACACCCACCCACCCCCCCAUCUCCCUCACUCCAUCAUGUACAUUGGCAGUUCAGAGAAGAAAAAGUAGAACUCUUCUGUUCUGUGUUAAGGAUCAGUGCUUCCAAAGGUCCUAUUCUUCUGUGCCCAAAUUAAGUCUUCAGUGGAUAAAGGAAACAUACUUCUUUUAUGACAGAGAAGUCCCCGUAUAGUUGUAUUAGCCCCAUCCUCUAUUUUCCCCUACAAACAAGAAGGGGCUUUACAUUCCUUCAAUAAGCGCUCAUAUCUUUUUGCAUGAAAUGGACACAUUUGCUCUGUGUCAGAAAUCAAAGCCACUUGCUCCUUGUAUAUGCUUAUUGGGUAAGGGUUUCCUGUUACGUUCCCUAGGUCAUCAGAUCCAGACAGCCAGUCAGAUGUCUACUAGUAAGCUUCCUCUCAAACAGCACUACUUUCAAUCCCUUAAGCCUUGAACUUUAAAAAUCUGAAAAAUGAGCUUCAUCUUCUCCAGUCUAUUGUUAGAUCAUAUUUGAGGCAUCUUUGCACUAGGAGCAGUUAUAAAAAUAUGCCAGCUUUUCUUUUUUGAAAGUGGACUUGGCUAUCUCAAAUUGGCAUUCGGCCUGAAUCAUUUCCUCUAUAGAUAAUAGAGGCUGCAAGCUACUUUGCCAUUUGAAAGGAAGAAAAUUGAUGUGUAGAAUUUCUUAUAGGCAGUGAUUUUGGAAGAAUGUGCAUACGAGUAUAUUAAUGUCUAGUAACACAGGCAGGAUUCUAUAUAUAGUGAGAUUCUCACUCAAUUGAUGUCCUAGGGUAUAAAGGUAGUAUGGAACUAUAUACAGACCAACCGCAUUUCAUAAUUUAAUGGUGACUAAAGAUAAGGGCUGCACUUCUCAGUGAAACUAAAUUUGGUAUGGGACCAAGUUCAUGCUUUCAUAGCUGUCUUAAGUGUUGUGUAAUAAAGUUGUUUCAAUGUAUGAAAUCCUACCAAAGGAACAUAGUGACCUUGAUAGUGAAAUGAUUAUGUAAUGUUCUAUAUAUCUGCCUUUGUCAAAGAUUGGGUUGCCUGGAGAACACAUGCCAUUUUCAGAGACACAUUAGAGGAUAAAAGGAUGACUGGGUGGAGAUGAGUACUAGCAUCUGAUGUUAAUUCAAAGCACCACCAAAUCCUUAAUUUAAUUAAACUUUGGUCAUGCCAAAUGCUAGUCGAAUUGAGGAAGAAACAACGUACAAAACAUUAAGUGAAUUCAUUAAUUCAUGCAAGGCAUAAUAGGAUUUUCUUAAACAAGUACAUAUCUUCAGCAUAUACUUGGUUCUUCUUAACUCAUCUAUAUCCAAGUUUCUUGAAAGCAGAAAAAAACCUCUUGGAAAAAACUGUCUUUAUUAAAGACUCUCUUAAGGCUUAGAGACCAAGUGGUUUAAGAUUCUCUUUUCCUUAAUAUACAUCUUAUUUCAUUGGCUAGUACUCUAUUAUGUUUAUUUUUUCAAAGAGAUUCAAUUAGUUUGAGACUAAAGAACAGGAUUUUUAGAGUAUUUUUGAUAGGAAAGAUGGGUAUAGAUUUUUUAUCAAAUAUCUUAAAUCUGGAAGGAUUAAAAUAUGUUGCAUUUCUAGAGAGGGAUACGUAUAACCACUCUAGUAGAAAAACAUGGCUUGCCUAUUUCUUCCUGUUUUCGGUUAGCUGAGAUAUCAUUCAGUGAAUUCCAACUGUCGGUAAUGGUUUCUUCUCUUUGCAAUUGCUAAUAGGAAAGUGAUAAAAUGUAGUUUCCAUAUAAGCUAAAAAUCACUCUUUGUGUAUCCCUUGAUUGUCUGUGUAUGUAUAUAUAGAGUUUAUAUUGAUUAAUAUAUGACUAGAAAUUAUUAGAAUUUGAAGUACUAGAAAGAGGAGGAUUAUUAUGGUUCUAAGAACAGUGGAUUGAUUGUAUUAAGGGCCCAAAGGACUGCAAAAUAGCAUAUACACCUCUAAAAUUGGAGUUGACCAGUGAGUUUCAAAUUGUUGUUCUCUUAUUAAGUUACAGUCACUAGUCAACACACAGUAGAGUGUUUUACCUAUGCUGGCACUAACAUACCUCAUGGUAUAUGAUUCAGGAUUGCCUGAAACCAUGAAGGAUUAAAGGAGCACUCUUCCUUUGACUAGGUCAUAUCAGAAGCGCAGAGAGUAUAAGAAUUGCCUAGUAGGCCAAACCAUAUAUACAUAAGCAUAUAUAUAUACACACACAUGCAUAUGUACCUUUAAACUGUGUACAUGCAUAUAUAUGUGUAUACAUGCACAUGGUAACCUACUUUGCAUUACAUUCUUCGAAUGUGGUUUCUAUGGCCCAUAUGUAGAGAACAUAGAGCAAUAAAUAACAUAGUUCAAGCUUGGAUUCUAUCAAAAAAGCCCUUACGCAGAUGACAUCAAGGUCAUUUUAUAUAUUAGUGGCUCUCUUGGACAUUAGUUGUUAAUUUUGUUUUCUUUGCUUCCAGGAAUGGUAUCUAAUCUUUUUAAGUGAAGUAAGUAAUCUUUUUAAGUGGAUGUGUAGGGCCACUGAGUUCAAGGAGAAAAACAUAGAUAUUCUCUAGGUGAAUUACACUAACAAAAUCAUAACUGCUGAGUGUGACCUAAUAUUUUUGUUGAACGGUUAAAAUUAAUACGUUUUAUAUACACAGUCAUACUUUUUUUUUUUUGCAAUGUGUUUUGCUAGUGUAAGCACACAGUCAUUAUAAAAUGAGCCAGCACUUUGUCAGACCAGUAUCUGGUAGACCGAAAUAUUUAAUUA